AUGAACAUCCUGUUACGAUCAAGGAAAUGGAAUCGUUCACUAAAUUACUGGAAAGACCGCAAUAUCUCGGGUCCAAAACCCGUACCAUAUUUUGGAAAUACUUUAAGUCAUUUCUUAAAGCCGAGGCCUUAUGUGGAGUUAGAGUGGUAUAACACUUACGGCCGACUCUACGGUGUGCACGAAAUGGGAGCGCCUGUGUUAGUAGUGGCGGACCCGGUGCUCAUCAAACAGAUUCUGGUGAAGGACUUUCACAAAUGGCGUAACAAUAACUCUAAAGAUUCAACUCAAUUGUUUCCCAAACACUUGGGCAACGCCAGGGAUGACCACUGGAAACGGUUCCGACAUGUAUUGAGCCCAGGGUUUACUUUAGGCAAAUUGAAACGCAUGUACCCUCUCAUCGACGAGUGUUGCCAAGAGGUUAUGCGGGCUUUGGAUCGCAAGCUGUCCGUCAGUAGCGGUCAGACGGUUGACGUCCAGUUGAAGCCACUUAUGACCGACUAUACUAUGGAUGUGAUCGCCAGCACAGCCUUUGCCACCAAAACACACACCCAUAGCCACCCAAACAACCCGUUUGUCGCUAACGUUAAUAAAUUCUUUGUUUUUAAUCGCUUUAAGACGUUGUCGGCAAUGAUUUUGCCCACAUUUGUCACUCAUAGCCGGGUCUGGAAGGCGGUGGUCGGCGGCGGCGGCCAAACGCCAAUCAUGUUUUUUACUCAAAUCGUGAAGCGUUUAUUGUCUGAGCGCAAGAAAUCGGGCAAAAUAUACAACGAUUUAUUGCAAUUACUUAUAGAUUCCGAAAGAGUGGACAUCAAUGACCAAACGGUAAGCGCGGAUAUAAAGGCCAGCACUGAUGCGGCCGAAGCUCAUCGCGUGAUGAAAGGCAUUGGCAAUGAUUUGGCGGCCGACGAACAGGUCUUAAGCGAUCAGCUCUUUGACAAAACGUUGACCGAAGAGGAGAUAAUCAAUCAAUGCGUCGGAUUGUUAAUCGCCGGCGUCGAGAGCACGGCAUUGACGCUGUCUUUGUGUACGUAUGAGUUGGCACUCAAUCCCGACAUUCAGAACCUGUUGGUGGCGGAGAUCAAAGAGGCGUUUAAUGAAAACACGGCUGACAUAGACUACGAAACCCUUUGGCGACUCCCACUGCUAGACGCCGUUGUAUCUGAAACUGUGCGCAAAUACCCCCAGGGCAUUUUCCUAAGAAGAGAGGCCUCGGAGACCGUGGUGUUGAGCACCGGUCGUAGCGAUGGAUCAACGGUUACGAUCGAGAAGGGAAUGUUUGUAUCGAUACCGGUGUAUGGCAUACAUCACGACCCGGACAACUAUCCCGAUCCGUUAGUUUUUAAACCCGACCGCUUUUUAUCCAAAAAUAGUCAUCACAUCAAACCCUACACAUACCUGCCAUUCGGCGCCGGACCCCGUAAUUGCAUUGCUAUGCGUUUGGCAUUAUUUGAAGUGAAACUACUUGUGGCUAAAAUGAUACAACAGUUCCGGUUCUAUGCGGUGGCCGACACUCCUAUACCACCCGUUUUCGAGUUCGGUUUCGAUCUGUUAAAUGCUAGGAGUCUUGUGGUGGGCGUUGCGAAACGUUAA